AUAAAUGGUCCCACCCCUGGGCAAGGUGGCUCACUCUGGCAAGUAGGAACAGGGGAGUGUGCACCUGCCACCAGUCAAGCUCAGCCAGACUGCAAGAGGAGACGAGGCGGAGCCAGCUUCAACCAUGGACAAGUUGAAGUGCCUGACUUUCUUCAAGUGCAGGGGGAUGGAGAAAGUGUCAGCUUCAUCAGAGAAUUUCCAUGUUGGUGAAAAUGAUGAGAAUCAGGACCGUGGUAACUGGUCCAAAAAAUCGGAUUAUCUUCUAUCUAUGGUUGGAUAUGCAGUGGGAUUGGGAAAUGUGUGGAGAUUUCCAUAUCUGACCUACAACAAUGGUGGAGGUGCCUUCCUGAUACCUUAUGCAAUUAUGCUAGCGUUGGCUGGUUUACCUUUGUUCUUUCUGGAGUGUUCACUGGGACAAUUUGCUAGCUUAGGUCCAGUUUCAGUUUGGAGGAUUCUUCCAUUGUUUCAAGGUGUGGGAAUUACAAUGGUCCUGAUAUCCAUUUUUGUGACAAUCUAUUACAAUGUCAUAAUUGCCUAUAGUCUUUACUACAUGUUUGCUUCUUUUCAAAGUGAACUACCAUGGAAAAAUUGUUCUUCGUGGUCAGAUAAAAACUGUAGCAGAUCACCAAUAGUAACACACUGUAAUGUGAGUACAGUAAAUAAUGGAAUACUGGAGAUUAUCCAAAUAAAUAAAAGCCGGGUAGACAUCAACAAUCUUACCUGCAUCAAUGGCAGUGAAAUUUAUCAGCCAGGGCAGCUUCCCAGUGAACAAUAUUGGAAUAAAGUGGCGCUCCAACGAUCAAGUGGAAUGGAUGAGACUGGAGUAAUUGUAUGGUAUUUAGCACUUUGUCUUCUUCUGGCUUGGCUCAUAGUUGGAGCAGCACUUUUUAAAGGAAUCAAGUCUUCUGGCAAGGUGGUAUAUUUUACAGCUCUUUUCCCCUAUGUGGUCCUACUGAUCUUGUUAGUACGAGGUGCAACUCUGGAGGGUGCUUCAAAAGGCAUUUCAUACUAUAUUGGAGCACAGUCAAAUUUCACAAAACUUAGGGAAGCUGAGGUUUGGAAAGAUGCUGCCACUCAGAUAUUUUACUCCCUUUCAGUGGCUUGGGGUGGCUUAGUUGCUCUAUCAUCUUACAAUAAGUUCAAAAACAACUGCUUCUCUGAUGCCAUUGUAGUUUGUUUGACAAACUGUCUUACUAGUGUGUUUGCUGGAUUUGCUAUUUUUUCUAUAUUGGGACACAUGGCCCAUAUAUCUGGAAAGGAAGUUUCUCAAGUUGUAAAAUCAGGUUUUGAUUUGGCAUUCAUUGCCUAUCCAGAAGCUCUAGCCCAACUCCCAGGUGGUCCAUUUUGGUCCAUAUUAUUUUUUUUCAUGCUUUUAACUUUGGGUCUCGAUUCUCAGUUUGCUUCAAUUGAAACGAUCACAACAACGAUUCAAGACUUAUUUCCCAAAGUGAUGAAGAAAAUGAGGGUUUCCAUAACUUUGGGCUGCUGCUUUGUUUCUUUUCUCCUUGGUCUCAUCUGUGAGACUCCGGCUAGAAUUUACUGGGUUCAUCUGAUUGACCACUGCUGUGCUGGAUGGGACAUUUUAAUUGCAGCUAUACUGGAGCUAGUAGGAAUCAUCUGAAUUUAUGGAGGGAACAGAUUCAUUGAGGAUAUAGAAAUGAUGAUUGGAGCAAAGAGGUGGAUAUUCUGGCUAUGGUGGAGAGCUUGCUGGUUUGUUAUUACGCCUAUCCUUUUGA